GCGCCCUAAUUGUGCCUUAUCAUCAACGAAGCGGAAGCGGAAAUGUAGUUCGGAGCCGUUUCAGUGUCGCACAGGUUAUCAUUUAGAGAACCGACCGUUGGUGUUAGCUAAACACAGAGACGUUUCGUUGUUUAAAGUUCACGCAAAAGCGAUUUAAAGUUUGUAUUUUAGUUAAAAUAUGUGCUUGAAUCCAACGAGCCGAGGUUUGAAUACCCAUAUUUAAAAAAAAAAAUGGAGGCACGCUUCGGAAAAGAGUUAGCGUCCGCGGUGGAAGUGGCUCUCCGGGCGGCCGUGUCCGUGUUCAGGGACGUGUGGCUCGGAGAGACUCGGAACUCGGACUGGGACGAAACGAAGCUCGGUGAGAUCCGGGAGAUCGAGCGGUUCCUGGUCGAUCAGAUCCAGAAGGUGUUCGCCGAACUUUGGGAGGAGAACGAGGCUCUGCGGACCAAAGUGGAGCAGCUGGAGGACGUGCUGCAGAGGAAAGCCGGGCGGCUGGAGCAGGAGCUGGAGGCCAGAGUAGGUCAACUGGGCCGAGACAUGGAGCAGCUGGAACAGGAGCUAAAGACCAUGAGCGAGGCCCCCGGGAAGACCCACCAGGACGGGCCAGAACAGCAGCUGGAGGACGGACCAGCAACCGAUGGGUCGGCGCCGGUCGGCUCCAGCAGCGUGGCAUCUCCGGAACCGGACCAGAACGACCUUCCUGUGACCUCAGGUAGCGCAGAUUUCGUCUCCUCCUCCCCGGAUCAGAGCGCGGCCGUCUCGGCUCCCGCGGAGGCUCAGAUGGUGUUUGUCGGCACAAUUCCCUCCGCCGCCGCGGCGCUGCUGGUCGGGGCCAACGAAGUCUUCGUCCAGACUUUGACGGAUGAGCUGGAGCUGAAACCCGAGUUGACGCCGCAGGACGCCGCCAGCCCCGAGUCCAGCAGCGCCAGCGGUCUCUACUGCACUCAGGAAAAGAUGCCACAGAAUUCUUUAGAGGAGGAACCUUCUGGAGUAACGCGGCGCAGGAGGAGGAAGGCUGAUAAAACUGAAAAGGUUUCAUCCAACAACUCGGCAGAGGAGGCACAGGUCCAGCCAGGUGAAGCUCAGGGAAGAAGCCUGAGGAGAACCUCCUCUCAAGCAGGAAAGCGCUUCUUCUGCGAAUAUUGUGACACCGGCUUUCACUGGAAAAGUGACCUGAAGAAACACCUGAAUGUACACAAAAAACCCUUUCCCUGUGAGCAGUGCAGCAAAAGUUUCCCAGACAGGGAAGAUCUGGAAAAUCACCUUCUGAGUCACGACUCAACGAAGGACCCGCUGCCAUUCCCGUGUCCGCAGUGCAAGAGAUCCUACAGGAAGGAGGAGUCGCUCCAGAAUCACCUCAAACGCCACCAGACGUCCAAACUGCCGAAACCGUUCCCCUGCGAUCAGUGCGGCAAAUCAUUCAGGGCACAGCAGUCACUGGAAAACCACCUCCUGCGCCACGAAAAGUGGAAGCUGCAGUUGAAGUGCCAGCACUGCGAGAAAACCUGCAAGACAGCGGUGCAGCUGAGGGCCCACAUGGCCGUGCACUCAGAGGAGAGACCAUUCAGCUGCGCCACGUGUGGGAAGGAGUUCAAAAGCAAGGACACCCUGCGCUUCCACCAGAUGGUCCACACAAAUGCCAAGAAGUACAAAUGCAACAUGUGUGAAGAGUCCUUCAAGUACGCCCACUCGCUGACGGUGCACAAGAGGAAGCACACCGGCGACAGCCCGUUUGUCUGCGACGAGUGCAACCGCUCCUACAGAACCGGCACCGCUCUGAAAAGACACAAGGUCAUCCACACCGGGGAGAAACCCUUCACGUGUCACAUUUGUGGAGCGAGGUUCAACCUCAACAACAACCUGAAGAGGCACCUGCGCAUCCACACCGGCGAGAAACCGUUCGCCUGCAAGGACUGCGGGAAGAGCUUCUCUGACAACAACAAGCUAAAGUCGCACAUGCUCGUCCACGGCGCCAGGAAACCCUUCAUGUGUGACCUCUGCGGGAAGACGUUCCUCUUCAACUGCAGGCUGCAAAUGCAUCAGCGGUAUGUCCACGCCGAUAACUCCCAUGUGUCAGACGGCGUCCUCCAGAACCGGAGGCCGAAGCCGCUGGUGAAACCGUUCAGCUGCAAAACGUGCCUGAAGGGUUUCAGUGCCGCUUCGUCGCUCAAGCUCCAUGAGAAGGGCCACAGCGAGCACAAGGAGUUCCACUGUGGCAUCUGCGGGAAGGACUUCCACAACAAGUACUCCUUCAACUACCACCAGCGCAGCCACUCGGGAGACAAGCCCUUUGUGUGCGACAUCUGCGGGAAGAGCUUCUUCCAUGGCGCCAGCCUGAAGCAGCAUGAGCGGAUCCACACAGGCGAAAAGCCUUACAAGUGCGACCAGUGCGAUAAGGAGUUCAGGACGGAUGGAAACUUCUACCGCCACCUGAGGAUCCACAGCGGGGUAAAACCUUUCGAAUGCAGCUACUGUCAGAAGAAGUUCCACCAAUCCAAUCAGCUGAAAUCCCACCUGCAGGUUCACACGGGCCAGAAGCUGUACUCCUGUCAGCAGUGCGGCCACGGCUUCUCCGAUUCAAGGCAGCUCAAGAAGCACAGCUGUGACGGCCCAACUCAUAUGAUUAAACUUGAAUGAUUUCCUGUCUUUUAAUACAAAAAAUGCUUUAAAUUUAUAGUUUCAUAGAGUUAAAGGGAUGUUUGUUGAUUCUGUUUAGCGUAUCUGUUCAUGUCUGUAAAGUAUUUGUCAUGACAGUUCAUGUGCAAGGGACUGAUCACAAAUUGUCAAUUAAAAUAAGCCUACAGAUCUACAGAUGGCCUGGAGUGGCAUUUAAAGCUGUUUUAUUUGAAGAAACUGUUGAUCUGUUUCCUUUAAACUGUAAUUUAUUUUCCUAAUCCAUUACUAACCAAAAUUGUUAUUUUUGCAGAAACGAACUUGAAGAAAUACAUAAUUUGUAAUGAAUAAUUCUCUUUAACAUGACUGUAAAUAUAUUUCUUCCCCCGUGUACAGUACAGUUCAAUAAACAGUUGAAACGGAAAA